UUUAACAAUUAUGAUUGACGAUUCAUCGAUAAUUACAGAAUCUAAAGGGCAUGGUUAUUCUAAUUGUGACAUUACCAGUAUUCUUUCAGUGUCUGGUGGAUCAAAUUCAGAUCGUGAAAAUCACCCUAAUGAAUUUGCUUCUUUACAAUUUUUGGACAGAAAUGAAUUACUUGUUAAACUUACUCGGAUAAUCUUUGAGGAUUUUUGUACGCAUAUUCUUGGAAUGCAUUCAAGGAUUAGCCAUAAUAAGGAAAACAAGGACGAAUGUUUUUUGGAGUUGCUGCGUAAAUUUUUAGAGGUUAGUAAUUAUUUUUUGAAUUAG